GAGGAGUGGCGUGGCGAGUGGUGAAUCUCGCAAUCUCUUACUCGCGAUCAGGCUGUCGACUCGACGACAACCCUUCCCGGAGCCAGUGCUUUACUUGCCGUCACGCAACGCACGGUUCGCAGUACUUUCCGUUUCCUCGAGGACGAGUUUCUUCGCGAGAGAACGAGAGAGAGAGAGAGAUAGAUAGAUAGAGAGGACAGAGAGAAGGAGGAAGAAAGAGCGAGAGAGAGAGAGAGAAAGAGUACCCGCCGCUCGCUGAGAACUUCCGGCAUGCAACGAAGGAUCGCAGUGCUAAUCGUCGGUCUUGCGCUCGUCUCGGUGGUUCGUUCAGAUGAUUUGAAAUGCUAUAUGUGCACCUCACUCACGGAACCACACUGUGUCAGCGAUCCAAAAGCACACAACAUCGAACUCCUCGAAUGUACUUUAACCCACAUGUACGAUUUUCAACGAACACUUCAAAAGCAAAACGUUUCGAACGUGAUAUCGCACAUCUUCGACGUGGACCACUCAAGCAAAUACCCGCACGUUGGACCGAUGGCCUGCGCGAAAAUGGUCUUGAAGGUUAACAAGAAAGAGGUCACGGUGAGAAACUGCCAGACACGGAAGACAGAAACCAUCGAUCCCUGCAAGGCGAUACAAGGGAAAAUGAACGACGACUCGUCCAGCCUGGAACACUGCGAUCUUUGUAUGCAGGACGCUUGCAACACCUCGACCGGCCUCUCACCCCGAAUCUUCGUCACCCUGUUGUCCCUUGCCGGCACUGUAAUCGUUGGCGGCUUUUACAACGGCGCGUAACCUUUACGUGUCACUUUAUUGAAUCGACUGCGAUCGCCGUCGGGGACGUAUCACGAUCGAUCUCAUAGCGCAUUCUAAAACUCGAACACAUAUACACAUUGUUCAUCGAUGUUUCACGUUGUUUCACAGCUACACACGUCGGAAUUACACGGACCUAAGAUUCCUUGUUGUCCCUAAUUUCGCGGAACAGCGAAUUCCUUCCUAUUCGGUUCGAACGCGAAAGCCAACGCGCGAUUUACACUGACAUUUGUAUUUCUCAUUAGUAGACAAGCGGUAUAUUUUGUGCACGCGUCACGAAUCAACGUGCGAGAGAUUAAAAGAGAUUAUGUUGUUUUCGACCGAUUCAACGCCUGUCACAGCGUUCGUGAUUUCGUUCGGCAUUAUUACCAAACACGUUGUUGAUUUUUAUACGAAUUUUCGCGGAUCACUUUCUUCGAACAGCGUGCCGCAGUAUCUUCGAUGCAACUUCGUCUUCGUUAAUCCUCAUGCGAUUCUCAGGGCAAACGCAUUUUCACAUUUCUCCGGAAAACGCGAAAUGUUUGAUUCGUUCACGAUUGUUGUGUCGUACGAAGCACUUCUUCGAGGUGAUGCGACGAUAGAAACGAGGCAAAAUUUGUUGGUUUUCGGAGCGUGAAACAAGAAUGGACGAAGCGUUCGCGUGGGUGGUUUCACGCAGCUGUUUCUGAGAAACGCGUGGCGGUUAAUGGAUAACUAAUUUAUGCAGUUUGCUUUGAGAUUGUUCAUUUGUAAUUCCCGUUUCCUCGCGGACGAAACGAGCCGCGCGAAACGACUACCAAACGCGACUGUCGGCUCGAUCUGCUUCGAGUCAGGACGGUUUUCGAUUUUUCAACGUGUUGGCCAGCGAAACUUUGUAUACCGAAACCGGGUGAUCUGUACGCGUAGACGCCGUGAUUGCAACGAUCGCGUACGACCUGUCCCGUUUAAGUAAGGAAAAACGAAAUCUUGGAUGUUAUUGUAUUCGUUAAAAUGCAUUCGCGAUCGAUGAGUAUUUAUCGAGGCUCGACUUUUUGCAAGCAUAAAUCACUAAACGAGCUUGUAAAUCGUGAUAUUUUGGUCGGUGUCUGUAAAAGAACAAUUAUGCUAACGAGCUUCUCAAGGACAAAUAAAAUUGUUGCACAUAACGAGUAAUAAAAUGUAUACCGAAUGAUUGCGAUGCGUAAUCGUUACAACGAAAUCGAUGAUAUUCUAACGAGCAGUUCAAUAAAACAUUAACUAGAAAAUUG